AUUGUCGAUGGACUGUGUUUUGUUAGGUUUGAGGCAUUCGUUCGUUAGUGGUGACUUGGAUACUCAGCACAAUCUUAUAGUUAAAAUUGAAAAUUGGAGUCGUGUUCGCAUUGAUACAGAAAAUGCCCAGACAAUUAAUGAUUAUCUUUACAACGUACUCCCCAUUUAUUAUUCACAUUCCUUCCAUGAGUGUCCUUUAUGUAGAUCCGAUAACUAUAUGACCUGGACAUCCCUUCUAGCUUCAUUUCUUGAUUCCAGAGUGUUGCUUCAUAAAAAUAACUCGCAAAAAAAUCCUGACUUGUUCAACUCAAAAGAUCUCUGUAUGGUGGAGUUCACACUUUCAGGUGAAACUAUUUAUCUAGUUGACGUACUUCUACAAAUGAACACCAUUGCUCUUGUUCCUGAGUUUGGAGAGUUCGUGGCAAAGUAAACUCACCUUUAUUUUAUCUCUGUAGACGAGUAUUUUCUCUAGACAAGUCGACUUAUAAACGUCGUGAGUAUGCCAUCAGAAUUCUCAUGCUUCAUAAAUGGCUGGAUCUUAACUUUUCUCACAUUUCGAAGCCCACUUAUGAGGUAGGUACGAUGAGAAAAAUAUAGUUACAAAGCAACUAGGUAGAUAUUUGGAUCCAAAUUCCGUUUUGGACUGGAUGGGUUUAAGAAUCCGGACAAAUAUAAAAAAACAUACUGGAGAGGUUGCACAGUAGCAGACAAAAUACAGGUACUUUUGAACUCUUUUGACCUAUCUACCUUGGCAACACUGCUUGGUCAAUCUACAAAUCCUGAUGGUGGAGAACAGGUUAACUGUAAGAAACAAAACAUUCAUCACCAUAAAGAAUCGAAGGAGCACUUUCGAGAAAAGAAGAUUGCCAGAAAACCCCAUCCAUCUGCUUUACCAAUAGGGGGUGACGUUUGUACAGAUAUAGUUAAAGGUUAGUUUAAAAAGCAUUGUUGUAAACCACUGUUAAGAAUUGGAUGAAGAGGGUAAUCAGUUCUCGCUAUAUUCACUUGAGAAACCGGGAAACCCGAGCAGUCCAAAUACGCAGCGGGAUACAGAUAUCACAUCAGGAGCUAAGCGAAGACUAAUGGAUAAAAAUGAUAGAAAGCGCACGAUUUCUGAUUGGGAAGAGAAGGUUCAGGCUGAUUAUGGGUUCAGCAGACCAUCUAAGAAGAUGAAAUUGAACGGUGAAUGUAAUAACAUUGAGAAUGCAGACGGUGAGAUAAACGGUAAGUUGAUCAAUUCUAAUAUCACGUGCGGACAAGUGUUGGAUGUAGGGAACGACAUCGACACUAACCAGAAUGUGCGAGAUGAUGUUAGUGCAGACAAUUCCUUGCAUGGAAAACCAGUCAUACCAAUGGAACGGAGUCAGGAUAUGGGUUCACCUGGUAAACGGAAAACACCAAAGAAGGACAGAACCCCGACGGUUAGUGGCUCUGAAGUCAAGAAUGUUUUAGUGAGCCCCACUACGUCAACUGAAAAGAGAAAGGCAAGUCGCAGCAAUACGAAUAUCAGAAGUGAGGUAGACGGUAAGUGAAGUUGAUCAAUUCUAAUAUCACGUGCGGACAACAGUGUUGGAUGUAGGGAACGACAUCGACACUAACCAGAAUGUGCGAGAUGAUGUUAGUGCAGACAAUUCCUUGCAUGGAAAACCAGUCAUACCAAUGGAACGGAGUCAGGAUAUGGGUUCACUUGGUAAACGGAAAACACCAAAGAAGGACAGAACCCCGACGGUUAGUGAGAAAAGCGCAAGGUUGAGUAUGAAUGAUUUGGCUACUUCGCUGGACGCUUCAGCAUCAUUAUCUUACGUGAAUUCGGGAAAUAAUAUGUGCACCUCAGCUAAGCUGACCAUAAAUAAUGGUUUAAAUAAACCAGCUACCAGGCAAUCGAAAACCAUCGAUACUGCUGUUUGUAAGUCAGCUACUGUGCGAAGCAGUUACUCAUUGCGCACCAGGAAUUCUUUGAGAUAGUUUCGACUUGAGGUUCUUGUCCUUUCAGAGCUUUGAUGUACUGUACUUACCAAUAAACACUAAAUGAGAGAUCAAUUUCGCGUUUAUUGUUCAAAAAUAAAAGUCGCGGCUCACGAAAUUAGAUACAUAUAACUUUUAUUGUAUCAA